AACAGUGCAAACUGUCUCUAACCAGAACGGAAAAUGUGUCUGAGGCUGUUCUUAGGUGUAUGCAGUCAAGCCGCCGGCUUCUGGUGGUCCUGAGCCCAGACUACUUGACAGAGAUGAGUGUCAGUCUGCUGGAGUGUCGCCUCGGCCUCUAUCUGCAGCUCACCAGCAACACUCUUAUCAUUACUGUCCUAUACCGCCCCCUCUUGAGACUACCAGCCUCCUGCACUGAAGCCCAGCAGCUACAACACAGUACCACAACCAUUAUCUGGAGGGGUCGCCAGUCGGAGCCACCUGCCUCUCGCUUCUGGAAGCGCCUGCGCCUGGCCCUGCCUUUGAGGCCCCUAGCCCUGGGUAGGAGGCUCAUUGACAGUACUUCAUCGCACUCUAAUCUGGCCAUAUCAUUGGGCCAGCUGCACCAGCAGCGAGAUGCUGCCAUGUCAGAGAGACAAAGGCAGAGGGAAGGGAAGGCUGCUACAGUCAGCAGAGGUAAGGGCCGCCAGUGGAGGAUACAGAGGAUACAGGAGGCACGCAGAGGAGAGAUGCCGAAACUUAAAGAGGCAGGUCAGGGUAGGUACUGUGUGAGUUUUAGGGAGCCUCGAGGGGUCUUGGGUAGGGCAGCCGAACUCAUGGUGGAAACCCAGCUCCAUCAUCAACUCAUAGAGGACAGUAACAGACCUGAGAGCCAACCAGGACUUAAUCCAAAGAGUACAGAGAACAAACUAGGAAUUCAUUUAAACUACAUGGAGACCCAUCUAGGAUUUGAUCCAUCAAGCACAGAGACCCAAUUCAGACUUCAUUCAAAAAGAGCAAAGGCCCAACCAGAGCUACAUCAUGACAGAAGAGAGAUCCAACCAAAACUACACCAAAACAGAACAAAGACCCAACCAGGACUUCACAUCAGCACAGAGACCGAACGAGAAACUCAUCCAAGCAGAGCAGGGGCCCAGCCACUAUUAAGUCAAAAUGGAACUGAGACCCUACCAGGACUUCUAAGUAGUGUGGACACCCAAGCAGGACUUAACUCGAACAGUGCAGAGACUCAAGCAGAGCGACAACAUCCUUCCCCAAGCCAACCACAGGAGUCUGAAAACUGCUUGUGUCCUGGAUUACGAUAACAGCCAUCGCCUUGCACUGUAGAACACUGGUUAUUCAUUUGCAAUAGAUAAUUGCUGGCUAACGUCCAAGGACAUACAUCAUUGAAAUAACAGAGGUGAUGCCUUUG